CUCAACUUCGAAAGCCGCUCUCAAAGUUUUUCCAUUGAUUAUAUCCAUACUAGCACAUGGUCUUAUGACCAUUGCAGGCGGUGGUCGAUUACUCGCUAGAUUGCAAGUAGCAUAUGUGGAUGUCAAGGCUGAAACAGCGUGAAGACAGUACAACGUCCCAGCGAAGCUCAAAUGAACAUGUUCACAAGCACAAGGUACACUGGGACUGUCUCUAAUGGGACUCGAUGUAACCACACACAGGGAGUUUUCUGAAUCUGGCGAAAAUCAAAGCGUCCACUGUGACUCUUUCAGCGAAAGACAAGCAAGGCUCGCCGUUUGGCUUGCGAACCUUCAGCAAAGUCCAGGUGACAUAGCUCCCAAUUCGAGCAAAGGCGGCUGACAGCUGCGAGACGCAUUUCACCGAUAAAAUCUUGUGCUAAUGAUCGCCGCCGCCAUUCCGGUGCUCGCUUCGAGUAUAUGGGCAGCAGAACGCGAAGCGAUCCCGAGGAACGAUCACAUUGGAUCAAGUUGUCCUUCGAAGAUCACAGUGAAUGCGGACUCAGUCAAUGAUGUUCUCGACGGAGGUUUCGCACACGGCUCGCUCCAUUGCAUCACAACAGCUGCGGAUCUCGAUAACGGAGACCUGAUCAACUCGACGAUCGUCUCGCAUUUGACAUCGUCGUCUGACGCAGUAGCUACGAUCAUCGACAGCACAUUGGCUUUUGAUGUAAGGCAUCUGUACAGAGCCCUGACUGCCUCGAUGGGCGGUGUGGAAGAUGCCCAGCAGCGAGCGAUGCAAGCUUUAGAGCGAGUCAAGAUGAUGAAAGUUUUCGACUUCGAGGGGCUGAUGGAGGCUAUAGAGGAAACGAAGAUUACGAUGCAGCGUCCAGGGACCAGUGCGACCGAGGAGCCUAUGAUAGAGGUCAUACCUCAUGGCACCAUUCCGGACAGUGAAGAUGAAGAGGAGGAGGAGGAGGAGGUUGUGAAAGGACCGUUACGGCAAGACCAGGCGGACGAGACAACUAGACAGGCAUCCAAAUCGCCUGCUGGUCAGUCGCCACAGACCCAUAGUUCAAAUCUGAUCAUUGUGCAGGACAUUUCACAAGUUGUAGGACCACUAUUACGAAGCAAUUACACCCACGGACAGGCACAGCUAGAUCGCUUGAUAAAGUCUCUCGAGCGGCUGACGAAAUCCCAUCAGGCAUGCACAAUACUAUUCGCGAGUGCGAGUUCCAGACCCGUGCAAGAGACAGACCAUCAGCUGAGUCAAUUCGCGACUUGUUCUCUUCGCCCUGCUCUGGGUGACAACGUUGGCUAUCUCGUCGAUCUUCACAUCUUCAGAUAUGUAUUGCCUGCUGCUGAGAUGACAAGGCUAGACCAGUCGCGAAGAGGAGAGAUAAGAACGCGUCCCGCCUCGGAGCCGGUUGAGAUUCUAGAAGUGGUAGAAGAUCGUUAUGCCAGCCGAGUGGGCCGCUGGGCCGCUGUGAGGCAUGGCGAUCACGGAAUCCUCUAUGAUGCUCAUUGAUCGAUGUGACAUGCUGAGAAUUUGGUACAAGAUGGACCUGUCUGGCACGCUCCACCGCGAAGAAGUCGAUGGCGACAGCAUGUGCUAGAUCCGCAGGAG